AGUCAGAUUAAAAAAAAAGUUAUACUAAAAAAAAGAAAAAUUGUUUUAUAUAUCUAUCUAGCCCCAAUUUUGUAUUCAGUAUACCGUAAACAAAUUAAUUCUACUAUAUUUUCCCAAAUCACAAGCUAACUUAAUUAUUGAUAUAGUCAUUAAUGUACAAUCGUAUAUUUAUUACGUAGUUAUUAUAUUUUUCUGUUGUGUGGCAUAUUUAAAUUGCAAAAUGACAUCUGGACCAUACAACUAUUCAUAUAUUUUCAAAUAUAUUAUCAUUGGUGACAUGGGAGUAGGAAAAUCAUGUCUUUUACAUCAGUUCACAGACAAAAAAUUUAUGGCUGAUUGUCCUCAUACUAUUGGAGUUGAAUUUGGGACGCGGAUAAUAGAAGUAGCAGGUCAAAAAAUUAAAUUACAAAUUUGGGAUACUGCUGGGCAAGAAAGAUUCCGAGCUGUGACACGAUCUUACUAUCGCGGAGCAGCUGGUGCACUUAUGGUGUAUGAUAUAACGAGAAGAUCCACUUAUAACCAUUUAAGCAGUUGGCUCACUGAUACUCGUAAUUUGACCAACCCAAGCACUGUGAUAUUCUUAAUCGGUAAUAAAUCUGAUUUAGAUGGUCAAAGAGAUGUCACAUAUGAGGAAGCGAAACAAUUUGCUGAUGAAAAUGGCUUAAUGUUUGUUGAAGCUAGUGCCAAGACGGGUCAAAAUGUGGAAGAAGCAUUUCUGGAAACUGCGAAGAAAAUCUAUCAAAGUAUUCAAGAUGGGCGCCUGGACUUAAAUGCGGCGGAGUCUGGAGUACAGCACAAGCCGGCAUCUCCGGGGCGUCCGCUCGCCGCGCAGGCUCCUGCGCGGGACAACUGCGCCUGCUAACCGCCGCUG